GGCCGCGGAGUGAUGGUGGCCUCAGCGAAGAUGGGCCGGGCAGGGACCAUGGCAGGUGCAGCAGAGGUGGCAGGGGCGGGGCGGCUGGCGGUAGAGGAGGCUGUGGUCCUCAGGGGGCUGUAGGUGGAGGUAUGGCUCGGGCCAGCAGCGGGAACGGCAGCGAGGAGGCCUGAGGGGCACUUCGGGCGCCGCAACAGCAGCUUCGAGAGCUGUGCCCAGGAGUGAACAACCAGCCCUACCUCUGUGAGAGUGGUCACUGCUGCGGGGAGACUGGCUGCUGCACCUACUACUAUGAGCUCUGGUGGUUCUGGCUGCUCUGGACUGUCCUCAUCCUCUUUAGCUGCUGUUGGGCCUUCCGCCACCGACUAGCUAAACUCAGGCUGCAACAACAGCAGCGGCAGCGUGAAAUCAACUUGUUGGCCUAUCAUGGGGCAUGCCAUGGGGCUGGUCCUUUCCCUACCGGUUCACUGCUUGACCUUCGCCUCCUCAGCACCUUCAAGCCCCCAGCCUACGAGGAUGCGGUUCACCGCCCAGGCACACCCCCCCGCCCCGCGCCUUAUACUGUCGCCCCAGGCCGCCCCUUGACUGCUUCCAGUGAACAAACCUGCUGUUCCUCCUCAUCCAGCUGCCCUGCCCAUUUUGAAGGAACAAAUGUGGAAGGUGUUUCCUCCCACCAGAGUGCCCCCCCUCAUCAGGAGGGUGAGCCUGGGGCAGGGGUGACCCCUGCCCCCACACCCCCCUCCUGCCGCUAUCGCCGUUUAACUGGCGACUCCGGUAUUGAGCUCUGCCCUUGUCCUGCCUCCGGUGAGGGUGAGCCAGUCAAGGAGGUGAGGGUUAGUGCCACCCUGCCAGAUCUGGAGGACUACUCCCCGUGUGCACUGCCCCCAGAUUCUGUACCGCAGGUCUUUCCCAUGGGGCUGUCUUCCAGUGAAGGGGACAUCCCAUAAGUAGUUUUGAGAGGGUGGAUGGGUUACUUGCCCACCAGAAACAGCCCUAGUCCCAACUCCUUGCGUUCCUUUUGGCCCCUCCCUGCCUACCUAGAAUCUGCCUGAAAGGGCUGGAGCCCUGAGGAGAGGGGCAGUAUUGGGGGACUGUGCUAGCUUUACCCCGCAAGACAUACACAGGAGCCUUUGA